GUGCCCUGACGCUCCCCUCGACGAUGGCGGCCGAACAGGAGGUUCAGGAUUUCUUCGCGUGCCACCUCACGCAACCGAGUGGGGAACGCAGCUCCGGAAGCGACGCGCAGCUGGACAAGGAUCGGCCCCGCAAGUUUCAGAAGCCGGCUCAGAAGGGCAGCCAAGGGAAGGGCAACCAAUGGGGGAGCCAGUGGAGCGGCUGGAACAGCCAAAAGAGGGGGCGAUCGGCCUGGGCGGAGGAUUGA